GCCCAAGGCAUGGACAGCGACAGGGCGGACAUGGAGAGGCCAGGCGACGUGUUCUACACAUCAGGCGUCUCAACAUGCGCAGCGGCCGACCUGCCGGUCACGGCCAGGGCCCAGCUGUUCAUCGUGUGCCAGCAGCUCGAUGUGAAGAAAAACUGCACGCGGAAGGACAUGCGGCAGCGGGGGCUGACCCCUCUCCCCGACGAUCCGCUGUUCCGUUUCAACUGUGUGAACAAGACAUGCGAGAGCGUGUUGUCCGUGGGGGAGUCGGCGUGCCUGCUUGCGGAGCUGGGCGGUGUGGUGCAGAAGGCGAGGGACGACGGUGUAUGCGAGGUGGUACCGCUGGUGCAGCGGAACGCGACGACUGCCGGUGCGCAGGCGACGAAUGAGGCGACGACGGAGGGGAAUUCGACGAAUGGCGCGUCGGCCGGCAUGGGCCAAGAUUGGGUCGAGCCGAGGGAGCCCGCCUUUCUGCAGCCCGUGGGGGGCGUGGACAGCCGGUUGGAUUGCGUCUUUGGGUAUCCGAGCGGCAGUUCCUUCGGGAUGUCGGCUAGGUGCGACGAAGGGAGGUUCCGGGUCGUCGCGACAAUUACGCUGGGCCGAGAUUUAGUGUCGAGAGGCACGGCGAUGGUGUGCGUGUGGGACGGGGAGUGUCGAGGCAGCGCUGAGCAAAUGGCCAACACUGCGGAUGGGCUCUUCAAUGGGCGUUUCGAUUGCUUUUCAGACUCUGCGGGCGCGCGGGUGGCACCGUGGGCUGCCUCGUGGCUCGUGUGCCUGCUCAUCUGUUGGUUCCUUGGUUAG